AUGUCUCAGCAAUUCGAAUCAACGCAUGAUAACCAAUACAGCGCACAAGAAGGCGAUAUCCCUACCGUUCUGUUUAUAACUCUCCGGGUCUUCACCAACCUUUCACUUCAUCCGGCUUCAACAGGCUGCGAUAUUUCCAUAGUCAACGCCAGCCAAACAUUUCAUCUUUAUCCAUAUUUCGAAUCUACCUCUCAUUAG